AUGUUAAACGCCGACCUCCUGAAUGGAUACAAUCCCACUGUUCACCCAGGCCUAAAUUACUCGGAACCACUCAAUAUAAAUGUCAGCUUCUCGUUAAGAAAAAUACAAACAUUUGACGAAUUGACAAGCGCAUUUACGAUAAUCGGUGUGUUGUAUGUUGCCUGGUUUGAUGAACGUUUGCAUUGGACUCCGUCAAGUUAUAACAACUUAAUGGUCACUCAUUUCAAGCAAAAAGAAAUUUGGACACCGCCAUUUCUACUUGCGAACAAUCAUGACGAUAUUGCUAUGAUUGGAAACGACGAAUUACACAUCUCGGUUACAUAUACAGGAGAAGUAAGCUGGGAUAUCCCUGUAAAGCUCACGUCUUUAUGCGAUGCCGACGUAAGGUAUUACCCGUUUGACCAACAAUCUUGUAGUCUAGUUCUGAGUCCAUGGGGUUACAGUUCGAACCUCGUUCAGCUAAAUGCUACUGGCUCGACACUGGAUACGGCGCAAUACACAGAGAAUUCAAUAUGGAAUCUCGUCAGCACAGACCAACGAUCUCUCCAACGCCCAGAUUGGAUUAUUUUAAUGACGAUCAUGUUUGAGAGGAAAGCUUUGUUUUUUGUGUUGAACUUCAUAUUGCCAACCAUUUUUAUGUGCUUCAUCAAUCUGUUUGUAUUCGCCCUGCCAGCAGAGUCCGGGGAACGCGUCGGCUUUUCUAUCACCGUGUUACUGGCCAUCGCGGUAUUCCUGUCAAUCGUGUCCAGCAAUCUCCCACAGACUUCAUCCCCAGAAAUGGCCUUACUUUGCUAUCUACUUGUCAUUCACAUAGUUUUGAGCGUAAUGAUAAUGGUGUGUGUGAUACUCGGACUCCGGUUUUACUUUCGAUCAGAUGAGCAGCAGGUUCCAGGGUACAUAUCCAAGCUGACGCGAAUCGUUAACAAUAAAACCUGUGGGAAUCUGAAAACGUCUGAUGUGUCUCCAGAGCCCCAAAAAACGGAUCCGGUGACGGCAAAGACAGGUCCUGAUGGUGCUGAAUUGAAUGGUGACAACAGUGUCCCAACCUAUGACGCAGUAACAUGGAACCAAGUUAGCAUUGCGUUCGAUAAAGUCUGUUUUACUUUCUUCUUGCUAACUGCUACAUUGUGUAACCUAGCAUUUGGUGUCAGAUUAUCGGCAUCGUAA